CCCGCGUCUGGGCGGAGGGGAGGGAAGGCGCCCGCUGGGUCCUAAAGCCCGCCCGUUGGGUCCUAAAGCCCGCCGGGCCGCUCCCCCCCGGAGGCGUCUCCCCCAUCGCCCCGCCGGGCGGGAUGGGCGUCAACGCCGUCCACUGGUUCCGCAAGGGGCUGCGGCUCCACGACAACCCCGCCCUGCGGGACUGCGUCCGGGGCGCCGACACCGUCCGCUGCGUCUACAUCCUCGACCCCUGGUUCGCAGGCUCCUCCAACGUGGGCAUUAACAGGUGGCGAUUUCUCCUUCAGUGUCUUGAGGAUCUCGAUGCCAAUCUAAGAAAGUUAAACUCUCGUCUGUUUGUAAUUCGUGGGCAGCCAGCAGAUGUGUUUCCUAGGCUUUUCAAGGAGUGGAACAUUGCAAAGCUUUCAAUUGAAUAUGAUUCUGAACCCUUUGGAAAAGAGCGAGAUGCAGCCAUUAAGAAGCUUGCAAGUGAGGCCGGGGUGGAAGUCAUUGUCCGAAUUUCUCAUACACUGUAUGAACUGGACAAGAUCAUAGAACUAAAUGGUGGUCAACCCCCUCUCACUUACAAAAGGUUCCAGACUCUGAUCAGCCGAAUGGAUCCAUUGGCAAUGCCAGUGGAGACUAUCACUGCAGAAGUAAUGGGGAAGUGUAUGACUCCACUCUCUGAUGAUCAUGAUGAAAAGUAUGGGGUGCCGUCUCUAGAAGAACUAGGUUUUGAUACAGAUGGCUUACCUUCUGCAGUGUGGCCAGGAGGAGAGACCGAAGCACUUACUCGCUUGGAAAGGCAUUUAGAACGAAAGGCUUGGGUGGCGAACUUUGAAAGACCUCGAAUGAAUGCAAAUUCCCUUCUUGCAAGCCCGACCGGACUAAGUCCCUACCUCCGAUUUGGCUGUUUAUCGUGUCGCCUCUUCUACUUCAAGUUAACGGAUUUGUACAAGAAGGUAAAGAAGAAUAGCUCCCCUCCACUCUCCCUUUAUGGGCAGCUAUUGUGGCGUGAAUUUUUCUACACAGCAGCAACUAGCAAUCCACGUUUUGAUAAAAUGGAAGGAAAUCCUAUCUGUGUUCAGAUUCCAUGGGAUCGAAACCCUGAGGCUUUGGCCAAAUGGGCUGAAGGCAGGACAGGUUUUCCUUGGAUUGAUGCGAUCAUGACCCAGCUGCGACAGGAAGGCUGGAUUCACCAUUUGGCCAGACAUGCAGUAGCUUGCUUCUUGACACGAGGUGACCUGUGGAUUAGUUGGGAAGAAGGAAUGAAGGUAUUUGAAGAAUUGCUGCUUGACGCGGAUUGGAGUGUAAAUGCUGGAAGUUGGAUGUGGUUGUCUUGCAGUUCCUUUUUUCAGCAGUUCUUUCACUGCUACUGCCCUGUGGGUUUCGGUAGGAGAACAGAUCCCAAUGGAGAUUAUAUCAGACGCUACCUACCUGUACUUAGAGGCUUUCCUGCAAAAUACAUCUAUGAUCCCUGGAAUGCACCAGAGGGUAUCCAAAAGGCGGCAAAAUGUAUAAUAGGAGUUAAUUACCCUAAACCGAUGGUAAACCAUGCGGAGGCGAGCCGCUUGAACAUUGAAAGGAUGAAGCAAAUCUACCAGCAGCUUUCCCGAUACAGAGGACUAGGGCUUCUUGCGUCUGUACCUUCUAACCCAAAUGCGAAUGGGAGCGGAGGCCUCAUGGCCUAUUCACCUGGAGAAAAUAUCCCUGGCUGUAGCAGCGGUGGAGGAGUCCAGAUGGGUGCCAGUGAGAGUCACCUGCUUCAGACAUGUGUACUUGGAGAGUCUCACCUAGGACCAAGUGGAAUUCAGCAGCAGGGGCGAAGUUCCUUAACCCCCGGUUUAAGUGGUGGGAAGCGUCCUUGUCAAGAAGAGGAGAGUCAAAGCAUUGGUCCUAAAGUCCAGAGACAGAGCACUGAUUAGGAAUAUUUUGUGGAUUACAAUAUGGGCCAAAGCAGAGGAAAAAAAUAUUGGUACAGAAAACUAUAAGAAGUUUCCUUGAAAUGAAAUACUUUUUUUUUUCUUGAAUCAGUUAUCACAGUCACCAGAGAAAAUUCAGGAGAAAAAGCAGUUGGAUUAAAAUUGAAGUCAAAUCAAAGGAAUUUGCUGUUUUGGUAAAUUAUUUUUAAAUAUCCCCAAUUGAUGUAAACCAGUUAUGUUUUUGAAGUGCAUUAUUCAAACCACGUUUUUAUGGUUUUUAACUUUUUAAAUAAUUUCACAAAGGAUGACUGGUCAUUUGUAUAUAUGUACAACUUUGUGAUGAAUUUGCUUCAUGUAAAUAUAAAUAUUCACAUGGUUAGUGAUAUACACAUCAAUAUAUUUUUGAUAAUCUUUCAUGUAAGGUUCAGUAAAUGUAAUAUGUUCCAAUAUAGAUACUAGAGAAAAAUGGGAGAAGUAUGAAAGUUUUAAAACUUCCUUUUAAAAGCACUGUUUCGAAGUGGUACGGGAUUUUCUUGUCCUUGUCGUUUGUUCCAACUGUGCACACUUUCAUAAUGUAAGUUCUAAGAAUUGCGUAUUAUCAGAGUAGUUAGUUGUCACUUUUAUUAACUACAACUGUAUAUAUUCAGAGAGCCAUGUAUGCCAACUCUUUGUUCAGACUUGUAAAAGCAUUGUCGUGUCAAAUCCCCCAUGUAUUUCCUUUUGCCUCAUUCAUAAGUGCAAUGAGUUUGGUAAUAAAGGGUAUAUACAGCUA